GGCUGAUUAAAAUUGAAUUUUGAACACUCAAACCUUUAACAUUUCCACCAUGUCUGAGAAUAGGGAGAGCCUCUUCAACAUCUGGACCUGUGAUAAGGCUGGGAAAACAAAGAUCACAAAUCGUAUCUUUGUCUCAACGACCUCAGACAACGAUAAUACUACGACCUUGGGGACAAUCCGAGCCCUCCUCAUCAAAGACGACAAACUUGACUCCAAAAAGGCUCGAUUGCCUUUCUGCACCAAGGAUGGGGCCCGCAUAGGAGAUGACACUAAAUGGUCCCAUUAUAAGGACGUCAUCGCUGAGAAACCUACAACCAACACAAAAGACGAUACCGAAGACAAGGGAAAGACUUCCGUUCAAGGUACUACCGGUCAUGAUGUGUAUUUUGAGUUGCCCGAAGAUGAAACCCAGCCGGCCAAAUAUGUUGAGCUCAGCGAGCCCGUUAAAAAGUUCCUCGAGGCUCCGUUAGACAUGAGCUUUGCUAAAGACAAAGUGGAUUUGCUCACCGCGGCCAUCAAGGACUUUAACUUGAGUGGCUACGAUCAUUCCGAGUUCAAAGCGAAGGCUACAGUCGAUUCAAUCUCGGCGGGUUCCCUGUCAGAUGAAGAUUGGGACAUGGUUUGUCGAACAACCCAUUUUUUGAAUGGCCAGCGAAUGGUUUUUUCGAAAAAUGUCCAUGAUGUUACACGAACCUUCCAGAGGAUAGACAAAGCUCCAUAUGCUACCUUUUCUAUCAAACCGAGGGACCUCAGCGAGUUGGGAACAGCCGGUCCUAAUAUCAAGCUCCCUGAAAAAGUAGCCAUGCACAAGUGUCCUCUGUACAUUGUCACCGAUGAUUCCUAUGUCAAUGUGUUUGAAACCGCCGAUGCACUGUCCAGAAGUCUUGCAUCGAGUAAUUUUUCACAGACUGAUAUUGAAGCUUCAAUUGGAGGAAACCUUUUCGGCAUAAGUGCCGGCGCUCACGCUGGGUAUAGUCAGAAUGAGAGCGAUGCCCUAGCUAGCGCCAACGAAAGGAAGCACCGGUCCAUGAACAUCACAUACAAUUUUCCGAGAGCGGUACUGCAUCUGGACAACAGGAGCUUAGAGCUGACUCCUAACUGCAAGAAAGCCUUGGAACGUGUCAAAGAGAAGAACAGUGAAGAAGCUUUGAUCGAAUUCUACCAGAGUUUCGGUCAUUUCUUUGCCACUAACAUCGAACUGGGUGGUAAGCUGUUCGCUACAGAGCAAUUCACAUCGGAAGACACGAAAAGCACGUCCGAAAAGGCAAAUGCGAUGAAAAUUAGCGCCGCCAUAUCCUUUUCGUCUGCACGGUUUCAAGGCUCCUUCAGUUACAGCAAGGAAACCCAGCACGCGGAAAAUUCAAGCGACCAGUUCAGCAGCAUGAACAAGGCACUUUCCUGGGAAGCCGUGGGUGGUGAUACAACGCUUUGCAACAAUCCUCCAGCAUGGUGUUCCACAGUCAAGCCCUUCAGGAACUGGAGAGUCAUCAACCAAAAGGACGUCAUGCCAAUUGGAGACUUCAUUGGGACAUUUGAGAAUUAUGAGCAUAUUCCCGGCCUUUUUCGACAAAUCAUGGCCGAUUCCAACAAAUUAGUGAUCUGCCGCUUCCGCCUUCUUGCCGAUGAGGGUGCGGAUAAAGAGAUAGAACCGGGGCAGUAUUACGGCCUUCGCUACAACCCCUCCCACCAAAAGAAUAUUGGAUUAUUCGAGGAGCUUAAGAAUCACUUACUUAACAGCCGCGAAACACUUUACAACCAUAAACCGGAGCACAUUGAGAACGAGAUUUACAAGGUUGAGAAAAAGUUUGCUUCGGCAGGAUACACAGUUAAUUGGCAUGAAUACAUCGGAAUUGACCGGGAAAACGAGCGCUCGAAACCAGGUGGCUGUGACUUUGAGGUCAAGGUUUGGACACAACUGCACCAGCCGGCAUCGCUACAAUACGAUACGCCAUACCCAUUAUAUAACAGGGCUUUCCAAGCUUAUGUGGCAGCAGACACGACCACGCACAUUGCCGGCACGGACCUCGGGCUCUUAUACUAUACUACAAUGCACGAACACAUAGCGUACUUUAAGUUCCUGAAAGCCAAGGACAAACUUGCUACGGGCAGAAUUGGCGACAAAGAUCAUGUUGAACUUCACUUGUGCGACAAGCAUUACAGACGCAUUGGACAGGUGAAGCGCUUUAGUAAAGACCAAGCAACUCUGGCCGUCGAACUUUAUACGUCCAUCAUGCCAGACCUCUUGGUGUCCAAUAAUGCCUACAUGGAUUAUCAUCGAAACUAG